AUGAGCUCCGCGGACAAGCAGACCGAUUCACAAAAUAUCUUUAACAAAGCCGAGCCCAGGUUCAGGAAGUAUGUACUUUUGAAUUAUAUGUCCCCUUCCCGUUGUUUGUACAAUCAUCUUUCUAGUUCUAAAUCGGCCAGUGAAUACAUGGAUCCAUGCCAGGAGUUCGCUGACCGAAGUAUCAAAUGCAUGCGACGAAACAACGGAGAUAGAGAUAUGUGUACGGAUUAUUUCCAAGCAUACCGUGAUUGCAAGAAAGCCUGGUUAAAUCAGAAAAAGUCAAAAGGCAGCGCCAGCUAA